CUGACUCGGGCAGGCCUGUUCGAAAAUAGACGAGACCACUUUGACCCCCACCCCACCCCACGACACACCACCCUCCCUUCUAUCCUUCUUUCUCUCCAUGUGCCCCUUUCAGACCCCCUCCCUUCUUUCUCCACUCGCCGAUGAGUGUCACGUAGAUUAGCCUACCUCGCACCCGUCUGGCAAGUCCGCACCGAGUGUACAAAACUGGACCACAGAGAACCGAAAAACACUCCAUUAUCUGGGAGCCUUACCGAAAGCAGAAAACGACCAAGGGAAGGGGGGAGAGGAGAAUUCGGAGGGCGAACGACCGGUGGAGAUCCCCUGCAAAUACCUAGCUGACGAUGAGUCGCAGCAUCGUACGACAGAGUAAGUUCCGGCAUGUCUUUGGCCAGCCGGUGAAGACGGAGCAGGGCUACGAUGACAUACGUGUUUCCAAGGUAACGUGGGACAGCUCAUUCUGUGCUGUCAACCCAAAGUUCCUGGCUGUCAUUGUGGAAUCCAGCGGGGGUGGAGCCUUCCUCGUCCUGCCCCUUUCUAAGAUGGGCCGCUUGGAUAAGAACCACCCAUUGGUGACCGGCCAUGCUGGGCCUGUCUUGGACAUUGACUGGUGCCCUCACAACGACAACAUCCUGGCCUCUGGCUCAGAGGACUGUACUGCCAUGGUGUGGCAGUUCCCUGACCAGAUGGGGACCCGGCCCAUAUCAGAACCCAUCGUGGUCCUGGAAGGACACUCCAAACGUGUCGGCAUCAUCACCUGGCACCCCACCACACGCAACAUACUACUCACUGCAGGCAGUGAUAACCUGAUAAUCAUCUGGAACGUGGGGACCGGAGAACCCCUCAUCACAAUGGACGACCACCCAGACCUCAUCUACAACGUCUGCUGGAACCGGAACGGCAGUCUCUUCUGCACCACCUGCAAGGACCGACGCCUCAGAGUCUGCGACCCACGCAAGAGAGAGGUGGUGGCGGAGAGGAUGGCUCCGCACGAGGGAAUCCGACCAAUGAGGGCCAUUUUCACCCGAGAUGGAAACUUGUUCACCACGGGUUUCACCAGGAUGAGCCAGAGGGAGCUGGGGCUGUGGGACCCGACUAAUUUUGAGGAGCCCAUUGCCCUGCUGGAGUUGGACACCAGUAAUGGUGUGUUGUUACCAUACUAUGACCCAGACACCAAUAUGGUUUACCUCUGUGGAAAGGGAGACAGUAGUAUCCGGUAUUUUGAGAUAACCGAUGAGCCUCCGUAUGUCCACUACCUCAGUACCUUCAGCAGCAAGGAGCCCCAGAGGGGGAUGGGCUUUAUGCCCAAGAGAGGAGUGGACGUCAGCAAGUGUGAGAUUGCCAGGUUAUAUAAGCUACAUGACAAGAAGUGUGAGCCCAUCGCCAUGACAGUGCCUAGGAAGUCGGACCUGUUCCAGGAUGACCUCUACCCAGAUACGGCUGGUCCCGACCCAGCCCUAGAGCCUGAGGAAUGGUUGGAGGGGCGAGACGAGGACCCCAUCCUUCAGUCUAUGAGGGAUGGCUAUGUUCCCCCUAAGAGCCGCGAGCUCAAAGUGGCCAAGAAGAACGUUCUGGACUCCAGACCCACCACCAGACGGAGCAUGUCCUCCUGUGAUGGCUCAACCAACUUGCCGCCACAGUUGGUAGAGCGCUUGUUGGAGGAAGUUCAGAACCUCAAGGCGACAGUUUUAUCUCAGGAGAAGAGAAUCUGUGAUCUGGAGAAUAAACUCUCCAAGUAUACCAAUGGCACUGCCUGACAAACACGUACACACACAUCCCGAACGCACAUGCAGCAAGAACCCGUGUGUACACACUGAAAACGUACACACUGCUUUCAACCCCUACACACACACUGAAAAUAUACACACUGCGACAACCCCUACACACACACUGAAAAUAUA